AUGCUUGGUUUAGUGGUUGAAGGAAUAGAAAAUCUUGUUGCAGAUGUUGAAGGUGUUGAAGGUGUUGUAAGAGGUUUUGUGGUUGCUGAAAAUGAAGGAAAUAAUGAGGUCGGUGUUGUUGAUGCUGUUUUAGGCGUUUCUGUUGUAUCUUUUGAAAUAUUCAAAGUAUUGGAUUUUUUAAAGAAAAUAGAAACCAAUCAACAAAAAGAAGUUACAAUAGUAAAAGUCAAAUUAAAAAAUAAUAAUAAAAUAGUAAAAUUAAUACCAGAUGCACAUAUAUUUACAAUAUUUAUUACAGAAUUUGCAUAUAGAUAUGAAAACAUGCCCAUGGCAAUAAAAGUAUAUGAAACAAUGUUAAAAUAUAAUAUUUCGCCAAAUGUUGUAACAUUCACAAUAUUAAUUGAAGGAUUUGGUAUGUCAGGAGAGCUAGAAAAGGCCUUAGAAUAUUUUAAUAUAAUGACAAAUAAAUAUAACAUUAAACCAAAUGUUAAAACUUAUACAAGUUUAAUCAAAGCAUUAGUUAAAACAAAAAAUUUAGAAAAAGCUGAGCAAGUUUGGUAUCAGAUGAUUAAAGAAGGAAUUAAACCUGAAAGAGCAACUUAUAAAGUGUUAAAACAUAUCAAUGAUGAUAAUUAUCUUUUUCCAAGAACUCCUCAGAAAAUUAAAGAUGCAAUAUAUCGUUUAGAUUUAAUUAAAAAUAUUCAUAAUGUUGAUACUGUAUAUGAAUUAUAUAAAAAUUUCAUAAAAUUAAAUUUUAAAAAUAAAUACAAUAACACCAAUGACAAUUCAGCAUUAGCACAUAAAGACAUUGAUUCAAAAACUGAUGUUUGUUCAUUCACCAUGUUUAUAUCAAUAUUUUCAUUAAGAUUUGGUGAUAUGCAAAAAUCAUUAGAAAUAUUUCAGGCGAUGUUAAAAUACAAAAUCAAACCAAAUACUAUAACAUUCACAAAAUUAAUAGAGGGUUUUGCUAAUUUGGGCUAUAUUAGUAUUAGAGAAAAUGAAAAAGCAAAAAAAAUUUAUGAUGAAAUGUUAGAAAAUGCAAAUGCUUCUUCCACACCAUAUUUUGUUUUAGCACUACAUUCUGUAUAUAAAGUUUGUAAUUUUCUUGCAUAUGCUUCACCUUCUUUACGUGAAAUUGCUCUUUCAGUAUUUAAUUCAUUAAACCAAUUAUCCAAUUGA